AUGAUCAAGCAAAUUCCAAAAUAUGCCGAAUUCCUAAAGGAUCUUUGUGUGCACAAAAAGAAAUUGAAGGGAAAUGAGUUAAUAAGUAUGGGAAAUAAUGUUUCAGCAUUACUUCAGCCAGUUCCUCAGAAGUGUGAAGAUCCAGGAGUUUUCACCGUACCUUGUGUGAUAGGAGAUUGUAUCUUUGAGGAUGCGAUGUUAGAUCUUGGAGCUUCUAUUAAUGUGAUGCCUAAAUCAGUUUUUCAGUCAUUAAGAAUUGGGCCUUUGCAACCUACAGGUGUAGUGAUUCAGUUGGCCAACCGAAGUCAAGCACACCCAGCACGAGUGAUUGAGGAUGUAUUGGUCAAAGUGAGGGAGUUAAUUUUUCUUGCAGAUUUUUACAUCUUAGAUAUGGAGGGUGAUGUGCUGGCAAACAGGGCUUCGCUUAUUCUUGGGCGUCCAUUCUUGAAGACUGUUAGAACCAAGAUAGAUGUAGAUGCAGGAACUCUUUCUAUGGAGAUAGGAGAUACAGUGGUUCGUUUCAGCAUUUUUGAGGCUAUGAAGCAUCCUAGAGAGGAUCAUUCUAUACUUAGCGUGGAUAUCUCGGAGGAGUUGGAUGGCAUGGAGUUCUUGUCAGAUGUUGAUUCAGAAUUAGAGGUUUCAGAUUUUGGUAUGGAGAAUGAAUUCGUUGCAUUGUUGGGAGAUAUUUUAGAUGUGGAAUCUGAUGUUAACUUAAGUGAAUGCGUAGGGGAUUGCUUAGGAGAAGCAUUACCCCUAGGAUCGCUCAGAGAGGAAGAGGUAUGUAUAGGGGAUUGCUCAGCAGCACUACCCCUAGAAUCACCUACUAUUGACCAGACACAGGAGGAAUUGAAGCCAUUACCUCAGCAUUUGAAGUAUGCCUAUUUGGGAGAGAAUCAGCAGCUACCUGUCAUUAUAGCUCAGAAUUUGGAACCGGAUUAG